AUGUUUCGUCAAUCGGUUCGAAAUUUGGCGACGAAGAGAAUUGACAAGAUCCUCAUCGCGAACAGAGGAGAGAUUGCAUGCAGAGUUAUCAGAUCCGCCAAGAAAUUAGCCAUCAAGACAGUCGCAGUCUAUUCUGAUGUUGACCGUGAUUCCAUGCACGUCAAAAUGGCCGACGAAGCCUUCCACAUUGGCGGCGCCGCGUCAGCUGACUCUUAUCUCCGAAAAGACAGAAUCCUCGAUGUUUGUAAACGCACUGGAGCCCAAGCUGUCCACCCCGGCUACGGAUUUCUUUCUGAAAACGCCGAGUUUGCCGAUUUGCUCGCUGAAAACGGAGUGAUCUUCAUCGGCCCAAGCACUGAAGCUAUUUUGGACAUGGGAAUUAAAUCUAAAUCGAAGCAUAUUAUGGACGAAGCCGGCGUCCCAAUUAUUAAGGGAUACCAUGGCGAUCAGCAAGAUGAUGCGACGCUCCUUGCCGAAUCAAGAAAAAUCGGAUUUCCAGUCAUGCUCAAAGCCAUCAUGGGUGGUGGUGGAAAAGGCAUGCGUAUUUGCAUGAACGAGGGUGAAUUCCAGUCCCAGCUCGACUCUGCGAGACGAGAAGCUCUUCAGGGCUUUGGAGACGACAGAAUGCUCGUGGAAAAGUUCGUCGAAGAUCCUAGACACGUUGAGGUUCAAGUCUUUGGGGACAACUACGGCGAUGCUGUCUACUUGUACGAAAGAGAUUGCUCCGUCCAGCGAAGACAUCAAAAGGUCCUCGAAGAAGCUCCAGCGCCAGGAAUCUCCUGGGACACUCGACGAGCCAUUGGUGAAGCAGCUGUUCGAGCGGCAAAGGCAGUGAACUAUUCCGGCGCUGGAACCGUCGAGUUUAUUAUGGACAAGCAUGAGAACUUCUACUUUAUGGAAAUGAACACUAGAUUGCAGGUCGAGCAUCCUGUCUCUGAAAUGAUCACUGGACAGGAUCUCGUCGAGUGGCAGAUUCGAGUUGCUAGAGGUGAGAAAAUCCCUCUGAAGCAAGAAGAUAUUCAACUGAACGGUCACUCCAUUGAAGCUCGAGUCUACGCUGAAGAUCCUGAAAAUGGUUUCCUCCCUGGUGCUGGCAAGCUUGUCUACUUGAAGAAUCCUGAAGAUGACGAACACACUCGAGUUGAGACUGGAGUCCGAACUGGCGAUGAUGUCUCGCAGUACUACGAUCCUAUGAUCGCCAAAUUGGUCGUUUGGGGCAACGAUCGACAGGAAGCACUCGAUCGGCUGACGGAAAAACUCUCAGACUACCAUGUCGUCGGCCUUCCAACGAACUUGAAGUUCUUGAAGCGAUGUGCACUUUCUAAGGAUUUCCAGGAAAUUAACUUGGACACUGGAUUCAUUGAGCGAAACGAAGCUGAUCUGAUUCCAAAGACGAUGGCUCCCACCAACGAGGCUAUUGUCACAUCUGCACUUAUUAGAUCUUUCCGAGAACCACUUGCAUCGACAAAUCCCUUCGAUACUUUGAUCAACUGGAGAUCAAACAUGCCAACAGUCGAAAAAUUCUCAUUCAACGCUCUUGGUGAAACUUAUGAAGCUAACAUGACCUCCCUUGGCUCGAAUCACUUCAACGUCCAAGUGGGUGGACAAAACUACGACUCAAGAAUUGUCAAAAAAGAGCAUGGAUUCACUGUUGAAAUCAAUGGAGUCAGAGCACAUGUUUCCCACUUCGAAGAAAAUAACGAGUUUCAUUUGUUCACCGCCGAUGGACCCGUUGUUCUUGAAAUUCCAAAGCCAAAAUAUUCCAAGUUGACAGAAGGAGGAGCUAGUGAUGGCGAUGCCGUCGCUCCAAUGACCGGUACUAUCACGCAAGUCAUGGUCAAAGCUGGUGACACUGUUGCUGCUGGCGAUAUCUUGAUGACUAUGGUCGCGAUGAAGAUGGAGCAUACAAUUAAGGCCCCUAAGGAUGGUGUUAUCAAGCAAGUUAUUGGUAUUGAAGGAGAGACCGUCGACAGAAAAGCAUUACUCGUCAAAUACGAAGAAUAA